GAUAAGCCGAAAAGAAAAUGAAGGAAUCAAUCAAUUAUGAUUGAGUCCUUUAAGCAGCCUUUUAUUAUUUUUGCUGGUAAAAAACAUUAUAUUUGAAAUAAUAAUAGUAAGUAUAUUAAUAAUAACAUUAGUAUUAUGUAUAACUGAAAUACACAUGUGGCAAUAAAUACAUUAUUUUUUGAUAAUUAUAACAAGUCUAAAAAUCAUAGUUAUGAUUCGUCAAAUAACAGUUUAAUGAUAUGCACCAUUUUACCUUGAUCUGACUUUUCCAUUUUUAGGGCAGUUGUCGUUCAAGACGAUUAUUAUGUUGGUCUAUUAUCUGUAACCCACAUGUGUUAAGGAGAGCGCAUGCGCAGACGCGUCUGUCAAACGAUAAAUGCCGAACCAGACUCGCAGGAAACUCCUCCCUGUUGACAACACGCCGCUCUCACAGCGCAAUGGUCUCCUGGAUUAUUUCUAGGCUUGUGGUGCUGAUAUUUGGUACCCUUUACCCAGCAUACUCCUCAUACAAAGCUGUUAAAUCGAAAGAUGUGAGAGAAUAUGUAAAAUGGAUGAUGUACUGGAUAAUAUUUGCACUUUUUACAACAGUGGAGGUGAUUACUGAUAUCUUUUUGUGCUGGCUCCCAUUCUACUAUGAACUCAAAAUCGCCUUUGUGGUUUGGUUACUUUCCCCGUACACAAAGGGAUCCAGUGUGCUGUAUAGAAAAUUUGUCCACCCCACACUGUCCUCCAAGGAGAAGGACAUCGAUGAAUAUCUUUGCCAAGCAAAAGAUAAAAGCUAUGACACCCUCAUGCAUUUUGGAAGGAAAGGCCUGAAUGUAGCAGCAACAGCUGCAGUAAUGGCUGCCACUAAGGGCCAGGGCGUUCUGUCCGAGCGGCUCCGCAGUUUCAGCAUGCAGGAUCUGUCAUCUUUCCAGGCUGAGGGCCAGACAAACAGCGCUAGCUCUGUAACCACUCAACCUGCAGCCGCGCAGCACAGAACGCGAACCAUGAUGCGCAGCAAAUCAGAGACUGGCUACAGCAAGGGCCAUGACUUUGACAUGACUGAAUAUGAGCUGUUGAACUUGGAGCAAUCUAAGGAGCCUCCCAUCCCGCCGACCCCCACACCCAUCCUGACCCUAUCACAGCCCAAUCUGCCUCAAACUGAGCCUGUGACUCCACUACCCUCCCCUCCGGAGUCCCAGGAUCAAUCCUCACCCCCAACCGUAGCCUCAGAGGAGCCUCAGGAAAAGGAGGAUUUUAUCUCAUCUUCACCGCAGUUCAGAUUUAAGAGACGCGCCCCUGAGCCUCCUCCUAGACCUCUAAGACCUUUCACCCGAUCCAGAUCCAAGAACGCCCUCUCUUCAGACACUGAAGCCAUGUGACUGUGCGUAUAUGCUCCCAGAGUGCUUUAGCCGUCUCACCUGCAACAUGAGGAGAUGCAACAAGAGAAGGCAAUGACAAAAAAAAAGAGGAAUGCAGCCAAAAUGUUCAAAUAUUCAAAAGCAGCCUUGCUCUGUAAUGAGGUAACCAAAGCGAUGCGCAACCUUUCGCUUCUGAUCUUUGACACUCAAGGGGAGGGAAUCCAUUUUGGGUAACGCUGCUGCUCUGAGACUUUGGGGUUGUUUUGUACAUAUUUGAGCGUAGGCUGGUAUGAUUUUGGGAGAAACAAGCGCAUGCGUGUCCUUUUGGUUUCUGUGGUCACCCCCAACCAUAAUCACUAUGGUUCAACAUGCUUCAUUUUUAGGGGGAGUGCAUUCAUCUUUGUUUGAGUAAAUUCCUGUAAAAGGACAGAUCACCCCCCCCCCCCCCCAACC